AUGGAUUCUGAGUGGUUUGAGGAUGAAGAUCAGCUUUACAAUUUGGAACAGUCAACACAGUUUCACGAAGAUUACGGGGUACUCUUUUCUUUUGAAUCUGAACCUGAUUGUGAAAUAGGAUUAGAAAAUAAUGGUAAUCCAACAACUGUAGUUUUUGAGACAACUAUUGGAAGAAUUUGGGCAAAAGCUAAGGGGCAGUUUGGGGGAAAUAGAGUAAUUGAUGUGUCCAGCAGAAAAAGACAAAGGGGAAGGAAGAGAUUAGACUUUAAUCAUACAAUUUUAGCAGCAAUACCAAUUGAAAAAAGAACCACCAUUAGAGGGUUAGCUGAGGCACUGCACUUAAGUCAUACAACAGUCUAUAGGUUGCUGAGAAAUGGCAUACUUAGGGCACAUACAAAUAGCAUAAAACCAUCACUUCAGCAUCACCAUAAAAUUAAAAAAGUGCAAUUUAUAAUGGACAGUGUCAUUCCGGGAACGGUAAAUGAACUUCCUAAGUUUAGUGCAAUGUAUAACAUGGUGCAUAUUGAUGAAAAAUGGUUUUACAUGAGUGAUAAGACUCAAAGAUUUUAUCUUUUCUCGUGGAAGGAUGACCCAUACAGAGCAACUCAAAGUAAAAAUUUCAUGGAAAUGGUUAUGGUUAUGGCUGGGACUUCUGGACCUCAUAUUUGCAAUGAUGGGGAAAUAUUUUGGGAUGGAAAAGUUGGUGUUUUUCCUUUCACAGAACAGGUAGCAGCAAAGAAAAACUCAAAGAACAGAGUGGCAGGCACAGUUGAGACAAAGGCUUUGCAAUCAGUUACUAAAGCUGUUAUAAGGUCAAUGUUAAUUGAUAAAAUGCUUCCAGCAAUUAGAUCCAAAUGGCCAUUAGGAGCAUGCAAGGAAAUAUGGAUACAACAAGACAAUUCCAGACCCCACAUCAGCCCUAAUGAUACAGAUUUUUUACAAGCUACAACUUUGGAUGGUUUCAACAUCAGGCUUAUAACCAGCCAACCCAAAGCCCAGACCUCAAUAUUCUGGAUUUGGGUUUUUUCAGAGCCAUUCAAUCAAUUCAGUAUAAGGAAUUUCCAAGAAGUUUAG